GAAUAAAAAAUAAAGUCAGUAAAUCAAUGCAAUAGACUUGCCGCAAACAUCUUUCAAUUACAAAUCUUCUAAAGGAAAUAUAAAAUAUUCUCUACCAACACUUUAUCUCUUAUCACGUGAUUAAUCAAUGAAACAAAGUAAGUCUUGUCAUUUGAUAUCCUUGAGUUUAAUACAAACUCUAUUAUCAAUCUGGGAUGUUGGAGGGAUUGCUACCAAAUAUGAAAGUUCAAAUAAAGUUUAUUUUACUGAAAUUUUGUCUGAAAAUAAAAAUGUAUGGACUUCAAAAGAAGCAAUAUCAGAAAUCACAGUGGGAGAUCGAAUAUCUACAACAGCUAAUUGUACGAUCAAAAUAUACUGUCCAUUUAAAGGUAACCCAUAUCCACGUGUGAAUUGGUUUUUUAAUGACCAGAUUAUUGACCCUAUUAAAUUUGAAAAUAUUGACACAACAGAACUUCAAGGAAAUUCUGUUUUAGUAAUAAGUAAUUUUGAUAAAAAACAUGGUGGAAUGUAUACAUGCAUGGUAUUUAACAGAUAUGAGAGACAAAAAAGUACUGCAUUUGUGAGGCUGAUAGAGCCGUUUCAGCCAACAAUAUUUUCAACACGUCUUUCUCAGGAGCAUUCAGAUGAUGAAACUGAAGUUGCUAUAAAUAUUGGAACUAAUGCUACAUUUUAUGAUGGAAGUAGUCUUAACAUAAGAUGUGAAGUUAAAGCUGCAGAGGAGUAUUUUAUAACUUGGAUGUUUAAUUCUAUUCCAUUAAAUUCAAAUUCAGAAAGGUUGAUUAUUGAAAAUACAAAACAAGAAAACAGUGGUUUGUAUUUUUGCAAGGUAAGCGACAAAAGUGGGAAAGGAGAUGAACAGUUGUCUCAUAUCACUAUAAUAAAAAAAAUAUUUCCAAAAAUUGUUGAAGGAAACAAAGUAUUAAGGUAUAUAAGAGGUAGAGGAGAUGCUCAAGUUAUGAUUGGUGAAAAUGCAACUGUCAGAGAAGGUUUCACUGUUAAAAUACAAUGUUCAUACUAUGCUGUUCCUAAAGGAAAGUUAACUUGGGAAAGGCAAGGAGUCAUCCUUUUAAAUGAUUACCCAAAUGAAAAGUCUCACGAUGAUAAGUAUGUUAGCCAAUAUAUAAUACGUACUGUUCAAAUGAAACAUUCUGGUGAAUAUACUUGUGUAGCUGCCAACAGAAUGGGGAAGACUGCUGUUUCAUCAAUAAUUACUGUUAUUGCUGCAAAUUCUGGCCCACCAGUUAUUCAGAGUGGAUCUCGGAGAAGAACUGUAGAAAUCUUAUCUUCCAAAGCCUCAAAUGUCGUUAAAGUUGGAGAUUUUGUAAAAAUUGUUGAGGGUGCACCUCUGAAGCUUUUGUGUAAUGCUUCAGGUGUACCACAUCCACAUAUCACAUGGUUUUUUGGUCGAGACCCUUUAGUAGAUGACUCAGUCAUACAAACAUCUACUAUGCUUUUAAUUUUAAACUUUCAGCCUCAUCAUGCUGGAGACUAUAAAUGUGUUGCUAAAAAUGCAGUUGGUGAAACUCGUGCAUUUACAGAAGUUCGGUUGAUUGUUCCCAGUGCUCCAGUUAUUACUAUUGGUCAUUCUGUUUUGAAAAAUUCUGACCCAUUAAAAUCUAAUGUUAUUACAAUUGGAGAUUAUCUAAAAACACCUGGAGGUAGAAAUAUUACUAUACGGUGUCCUGCUAAAGGCUAUCCAAAUGUAGAACUUGUGUGGAUGCAUGAAAGUAAAAUGUUACAAACCUCAGAAAAAUUAAUUGUUAACUCAGCACAAAAAACACUAACAAUAAUAAACUCAGAUGAGUGGGAUACAGGGAAGUAUGCAUGUUUUGCAAGUAACAGUGCUGGAAUUUCAAGUGGAUUUUCUUUUUUAAAAGUUUUAGCUCAAGGUUCACCUAUAAUUACUAGUUCUGAUGCAAUAAAAACUGAUUUUGGAAUUUCACCAUAUGUUGUUAUCGAGAUUGGUACAAAUCUAACUACUAUUACUGGGAAAACAUUGAGUAUUCUCUGUCCGUCUGAAGGUGCAGAGUCAACCUUUUAUGAAUGGACAAUAAAUAAAGAGAAUUUGAACUAUGAUGCACGAAUAAAUGUUUUGAAUGGUAGUGAACUUAUAAUUAAUGAUUUGCAACACUUUGAUGAAGGAAUUUAUCAGUGUAGAGCUUUUAAUCAACAUGGUUUUGAUGCCAUGAUUUCAAAAAUUACAAUCAUCAAAAAACAGGAUGAAAAACGACAACAAAAUGACCCAGAAAAUAUUGAAUCAGAAAAACCUCAACAGAAUGGCAUUAAAAAUAUUGGUCCAGAAAAGCAACAACAAAAUGGCCCCUCAAAUGUUGAUUCAGGUGUAAUUUUUAAAGAUGAAGUUACUGCUAUUAAAGGAUCAACUCUGGUUUUAACAUGUGCUUUACCUGGUGCUACAAGGCCACAGUUAAAAUGGUAUAAAAAUGGCCAAUUUUUAUCUCACAGCAGCAAAUAUUUACCUAGAGGUGAGCAGCUUGUUUUAAAUAAUAUUGAUGACAAAUCUGCCGGGGAAUACACUUGCGAGUUAACUGCAGAUCUUGGUGUUACACUAAUAAUCUAUAAAGUCAAGAUUGAAGAUUUUCAACCUGUCACUAUUAAAAAAAGCAACAAAAUCUAUAAAGUAACUGACAUUAUGAAACAAAUAGAAGUUGUUAUUGGAGACACAGUUAAAUCAAUUCAAGAUGCAAAUAUCAAACUUAAAUGUCCUUAUGUAGCUAGGCCAAAUGCCACUGUUUACUGGUUGCAUAACCAAAAAAUGAUAAAGCAAGGAGAUCUGUUUUUGAUAAGUAAUAAUGCAAAUGAUCUGAUUAUUCCAAAAAUGGAUAAAAGGUAUGCUGGUUCUUACACUUGUCGUGCUGUUCAACAGGAUAGGAAAGAUGAGGCCACAACGCGAAUUGAACUGCUUGAUUCAAAGCGCCCAAUUAUUUAUUCAUCAAAUAAAAACUUGACUUCAGAAGUUCUUUCUAGAGCAAUUUUAAAAAUAAAUAUAGGUGAUUCUCUUGUGGUAAACUUAAACAAACAAAUUGAAAUUACAUGUUUGGGGGAAGGACUACCAAUUCCUAAAAUUCUCUGGAAAUUUAAUGGAGAAACAAUAGAGCAAUUAAACUUUGUGGAUGACCUUAAAAAUGGAUCAAUAUUAGUUAAAAAAGUUCUAUGGGAGCAUAAUGGAAAAUUUGAAUGUUUUUUUUUGAACUCUCUUGGAUUUGAUUAUGCAAGUAGCAGGAUAUCAGUAGUAGGUGAGUUUACUCCUCAUAACAUUAAACCCACUGCACGCAACGUGUUUAAAUUGAAUACAACUAAAGAAACAGUUUUGGUUGAUAUUGGGACAAAUGUAACAAUAAGGACUUAUAAUAAUUUAAAAAUGCUGUGCCCAGUUGAUAAAUUUGGAAAAGUAGAUGUUGUCUGGUAUAAAAAUGAUAAACAGUUGGAGUUAUAUGAAAGCACUAUACAACUUAAUAAUCUUGUAGUAGAGGAUUCUGGGAGUUAUUUUUGUUUUACAAAUGAUCCAGCAAAAUUGAAGUUUGGUUCUGUUGAAGUUAAUGUUUUAGCUCCAUUCCAUGAACUUGUUGAGAGGUCUGAUGUUCAUCAUUUGGAGUAUCUAGAAAAUAAAAUUAAAUUACUCAGUGCAGAUGUAGGUGCACAUGUUCUGAUACUUUUGGGCAAUUCAAUAAGAUUCAGAUGCCCUGUCAAGGAAAACAGCAAAGUAAAAAUUAGCUGGACAAAAAAUGGUGAAAAUUUUGACGUGAAAGGUAACAACUUUUACAGAGUUGUUGAAUUUAAAGAGCAUGGCAAUUUUAAUGUUUCAUGUUUGAUUACAAGCGUGUUAGGCUCUGAUUUCUUUACUUCACAAGUGACAGUUGUUGUACCAAAGUCUCCAACAAUUAUCAAAGUUGAACAAAAUACAACAUCUGUUAAAACAAAUUCUGUAUUUAGCAUAGGUGGAUCAAUAACAAUUUUUGAUGGAAGCAGUGUAGAGAUUAAAUGUGAAACCAUAGGUUUUCCAAAGCCAAAAAUAGUUUGGAAUUAUCAAGGCAGAGAGUUACAAAAUGCCAAAAACGUUUAUUUUAAGGAGGAAAGAGGAAAAACAUUAGCUUUAUUUUCUGUAACAAAAUCAAAUGAAGGCAUUUAUUCAUGCACUGCAUCAAAUGGUUUUGAACCAGAUGAUAAACAGAGUAUUAAAGUUAAUGUUAAAGUUCCAAGAAAACCAACAUUUGUUAAGAAUAAAAACCAAAAUGAAACAAAAAUCUUGCAGAUAGAAGGAAAAUAUUCUUCAAGUUUGAAAAAUAAAAAUACACAGAUUAAAGAUGUCGGAGAAAACUUUGAAGUGUUAGCUGGCUCACCAUUAAAAUUAAAAUGUGAUGUUGUAGGGGAACCGAAACCUUCAAUUGAAUGGAGAAAAGAUGGAGUGUAUGUUUUUAAAGACAGCGAGCAUUUUGUGAUAGAGACAAAUGAUGUUCAUAAUAGUGGUUUAUAUACAUGUACUGCCCUUAAUGAAUUUGGAGCUGUCAGUGAAAGUUCUAUGAUUAACAUUGUUGUUGCUAAAAUACCAAUUUCUCAACAUUAUAAUUUUGAAGUUAUUAAACACACAAACGGAUUGAAAAAUGUGGAUGUUCUAUUUGGAAACAACUUGAUGACUUUUACUGGAACAGAUGUUUCACUGCGAUGUCCAGCUAAAGGUGUUCCCGCACCAAGUUUUACUUUUUUUAAAGAUGGAAAACUUUUAAUAAAUGAAAAAAAUAUUACAGUUGAUAAUUCAGGGUUAUUAAAGUUGUUCAAUGUUAAUGAAAUGUCAUCUGCAGGAGUUUAUACAUGUCGUGCUGAAAAUAUUGCAGGGUUUAUAGAAAUUAACUCAACGCUAACACUCUAUUCUUCUAAUAAGCCAAAGAUUAGUUCCAUUGAAAAAGCACCUUCGUAUCACUACAAUAAAAAUACAAAAGAGAGUGCCUUGUUCUUAACUAUUGGUCAAAACACUACUACAUAUCCCAGCACUAAAAUAUAUAUAGAGUGUCCUGUUGAGGGAUUUCCAACUCCAGAUAUUGUUUGGAAAGUUAAUGAUGAAAUUGUAAUGGAAGAAAGAGAAGCUAAAAUAAGUGACAACAAAACAACUUUAAUGUAUGAUCUUGAUCAUCAAGUUAGUCAAACAAGUUUUACUUGUAUAACAGUCAAUUUAGCAGGAUUUGAUGAAAAAACAUCACUUAUACAAGUUGUUGAAAAAAAGCAAGCAGGUAUUUUGUUGCCAUAUUUUAAACCAUUUAAUGAUGAACAUAUGGAGAUCAAAUUAAACAUUGGUGAAAGUGCAGACGUUUUGGUUGGAUCAACAGUUUCAAUAUCAUGUCCUGUAAUUGGUGAGCCAAUACCUGAAGUAAUGUGGAUAAAGCUAGGAAGACCACUAGGUUGGUUACAAUCCAACAGAAAUGUUUCUAUAAAAAACAGUCACUUAACUUUAUACAAUGUAGAUCAAGAUUUUAAUGGGGAGUACUUGUGCAAUGCAAGCAAUAUAUUUGGUACAUCAAUUAAAGCUUCAACUAUAUUUAUAAAAGAGAAAGAAGCACCAAAAAUACUUUCGUCAAAUAAAACAUUUGUUGCUGGUCAUGGUGUAAAUGUUAUUCGUGUUCUUAUUGGCACAAAAAUCUAUACUAGAAAAACUUCACGAAUAAUUAUUGAAUGCCCCGUAUCAGGAACACCACCUCCAAAGGUAAUUUGGUAUAAAGGUCAACUUGUUCUCACUCAUAUAUUUAAAGACACAAUCACAAUUGAAAAUGCAGAAAAGCAUGAUGGAGGCAUUUACUUUUGUGUUGCUACAAACAUAGCUGGGAGUGUACAAGUUAGCACAGAACUAGUUGUUGGAUUCGAACCUCAAAUGCAAAGUAUUCCUCCUGAUCUCUCUCCUGUUAUCUCACUUGCACAGAAUUCUGAAGUAUUUGUACCUAUAGGAGUAAAUGAGGCAUUUGUUCGAAUGAAUAACACAGUACAUUUACAAUGUUUUACUGAUGCUUUUCCUUCUCCAAGCAUAGAAUGGUUUUAUAAUGGUUUUGAAAUUGAUUAUGGUGAUUUCAAAUUCAAAGCUGCAAAUAACCAUGUUCUUAAAAUUGCAAAAAUGACAACCAGAAAUAGUGGUGUUUACUCUUGUAUAGCAAAAAAUCCGUUUGGACAAGCAAGUUCAAAAUCUAAUUUGUAUUUGAUGGAACCGCCAAUCAUUAAGGAAAAUAAAGAAAUUUUGGUAUUGAGAAAGAUUCCAGAUGAGGUCAUAAAUAUCCAAGUUGGAAGUCAUCUCACUGUUUUAUCUGGAACCUCAUUUAGUUUAUCUUGUUUUGUAAGUGGCUCACCUUUACCAACAAUACGAUGGUUGAGAAAUAAUAUACGAUUUGAGUUGAGCGAACGAAUAUCUUUUGCAACACAAAAGUUAUACUUCACAAAUGUUUUACCUCAAGACUCUGCUACGUAUACCUGUGAAGCUCGAAACAAUUGGGGAAAAGUAAAGAGUUCAACAAUACUACUUGUUGCAGAGCAACCUGUAGCGACUCUGUCUUUAAGUUUUUUGACCAAUUCUGGUGUAUCAACUGUAAGUGAUGAAUCUGUUGUUGUGCCAGCUGGAUCUCAUAUAACUUUAUUUUGUCAUGUGACUGGGUUUCCAAUUCCUCGUAUAGUUUGGUUAAAGGAUCAUGAUGUUUUUACUGGAACUGAAAAAAAAUACCAAUUGUAUAAUCAAUCAGCAAUUGAGGUAGAACAUUUUGAGCCUAAAGACAUGGGGUCCUAUAUAUGUGUUGCAACAAAUAUAUUAGGUGAAGCUACUGGGAUAAUUAAUUUACUAAUUGGAGUUUUGCCAAAGAUCUCAAUUACUUUAGACUCAAUUGUUUCAAAAAACGACUCAGUGAUUGUACAUGUUGGCUCUAAUUUGGAUGUGAUGCCUGGUUCUAGUGUUAGAAUUAUUUGUAAUGCUGCAGGAGAGCCAAAACCAAAAAUAUUAUGGGAAAUAACACCAAAUAUAAACUCUGCUAUUCAGACAGUUCAGGGUAUUCAACAACGUGAAAUAAUAUGCUUCUCCUUUAAAGGUGAAGUAAUGGAUCAUGCUUAUUGUAAUCCACUUCUGAAAAUAUCAUUACAAAGAGAAUGUGAGAGUGCUAUAUGUGCUACUGAAUGGAAAACAUCAGACUGGACAAUGUGUUCUUCCACGUGUGGUGCGGAUGGUAAACAAUCAAGAGUUACGUAUUGUGGUUAUAAAAAUUCUUAUCUGAAAAUAUCUCCAAAAAAUUGCAUUUUGCAUGCAAAACCUGAAACAACUAGAGGUUGUAAUAAUUUUCCAUGUGAUCAAGAGAGUUGCGUAGACCGGAAGGUAGACUGCAGCAUCAUAAAAGGAUUAGGAUUUUGUAAAAUGGAAACAUACAAAAGCCUUUGCUGCGAAAGUUGUCGAACAUUUUGAGCUAUUUCUAAUAUUUGUACAUUAAAAAAAAAAAGUUAUAGUGUAAAUAGAAUUUAAAUAAAAUUCACUUUUAA